UUCUAUUAUAGAUAAACAUUUUGUUUUAGCUUCAUAUCUUUAGGGUAUAAGCCGAUGGGUGUUCCUCAAGCUCAACCCCCUCCGGCUCCUCACCUUUAUCCUCAAGCUCUUCAGCUUAAACUCUACCAAGCAUUCAUAUUCUCAAUUCCCAUCCUUUUCUCAAUCAUUCUCUUCCUCUUGUUUUACUUGUUUUUCCUCAAGAGAAGAGCAUCUACUCUCUCUAACUCUCGCCCUGUUCUUCCUACUACUACUGAUUUUAACCCCACGCCUUGUCAAUUGACUUUGGAAAUGGAGCUUACCGAUAAGCUGCCUACGGUGUUAUUUGAUGAAGAAUUGAAGACUAGGGAUACGCAAUGUAGCGUUUGCUUGGGUGAAUUUGAGAUUAAAGAGGAAUUGCUGCAACUCCCAACCUGCAAACAUGUGUUUCACAUGGAAUGCAUGCAUCGUUGGCUACGCUCCAACUCUACUUGUCCACUUUGUAGAUGUUCUGUCACCAUUACUAUUAUUCCCAUCUCCAAAGCACAUACUCCAAUCCCACCCAAUAUGCCGUCUUAACCACAACAAAGCCUCAUAGUUUCAUUUCAUUUUCACGGAUGAAUUCUAUAUUUUGAUCAUCGGAAAAUAGAACUUCACCGACGAAUCAACAAACCAUUAGUUGCUAUUUAUAAAAACUCAAGUCUCGAAAACGAUAUCGAUGUUUAAGAUUCAAAUUUUGUAAAAUACGUCCCCUCUAAGUCUGGAUGUACGUAAGAA